CUUGUGUUCGAACCAGAUCGCGAUCCCUGGCCCUCUACAACCUUGACACUGCUGCUUGUUCCCGAUCGCCUUGGGAGUCUUCUCCUGCCGAUAUAAUGGCUACUAGCGUUCGUGAUCUAUUUGGCGGUGCUAUCACCGCGCGUACCCCUGCCAAUCUCAUAGAUGCAUCCGAUCUUCGCCAGAUCCCUGACACCCAGGAGGUGUUCCUCUACCCGGACUCUAGUGCCAGCAUCAUUGUUGAGAUCCUUCAACGAGUUGAGCCUUCACAUUACGACGCUGCAAUCAGGUUCCACUUCGAUUCCCUUGCGCACGAUAACGAUGCCCAAGCGAGCACCGUCUCCAGUGUCUCCGUCAUACCCAACGACCGCGCAGGAGACCAAACACCAUCCGCUAUCAUCCUUUCUGGCGUGCAGAGUGUGGCCAAGUUCAAUCGCUCCACCCUGGACGAGGUUCUCGUCUUGAUGGCGCUAUAUCGCGUCGCAAGCAAGGGCAUCGACCUCGUUGUCACCUUCAAUAUCCCCACAUCUACAACAGACGACUCUGGCGCUGUCAGCUCCGAGAAAUGGUCGACAAUCGAGUCGGACUUCAACUCGCUUGUGACUUCACUCCAAAUUGUAGAUUUCGGCCUCUUUGCGUAGCGACGUCCCCGUCUGAGUAUAUUCAAGGCGCCUAUGUACACAAACUGUAUUUGUUAGCAAUGUAUGGUGCGCUCCUGACGUCCCCGUACUCCUAAACAAUAACACAUCCAUUUCAGGUAGAACCACG